UUUCUAAAACUUUAAAAACAUCGAUGCAUCGAUAUUUCCAUCGGUGUUUCUCCACCUCUAUAAUGCAAAAACAAAACAAAAUAUACGUAUAUGGAAAUGGAUUCUGAACUUACAAACCAGGCCAUUGCCGAGCUGAUGCGCGAGAUCGAAGGCCAGAAUUCCAGUUUCAGCAUCCACAAACAAAGCGAGCGCAAAGUAAACCCAUUGGGAAAACCAAACAAGCGCUUUUUAAAAACCACAAUAAAUACGGUGAUCCAGCAUAAUAAAAGAACAAACGAGCGCACGCAGGCCAACUGCCGUCAAAAACUCCAGGAUCUGGAUGACGUCUAUGAAAGGAGGAAGUCCAACUAUUUCUACAACCGCGAUGCAGGGAGAAAUCGAAGUGUGGACAGGAGCAGGAGCAGAAGUUCCAGCAGGAGCCGCAGCAGGAGUCGGCCCAGGAGUCGCCCCAAAAAGGCCAAAAAACGUCGCAGUAGGAGGAGAAGCAGGAGCAGCAGAAGUUCCAGCCGAAGUCGCAGUCGUUCGCAUCGCAGGAAGAAGCACAAAAAGAAGGUCAAGAAGCACAAAAAGUCUAAGCGAAGUCGCCCGAGAAGUCGCAGCAGCAGUUGGGAUCGGGAAAUGCCGCCCAGCGAUUCUACACCCAUAGCCCAACCUUCGGAAAUAUUUUUCAACCACUCCAAGAACAUGGCUUUGGCCGUGGCCAUGGCCUAUAGUCACUUAUUGAAUGGGAAUGGACAACAUAUAGCCAAAGACUCCGAGGAAAGACCAUCUUCUCCUCUGUGUGACAUCGACAUAGUCCGCGAACUAAUGUCCGAUGAAGAACCUGACAAUUCCGGGGAGCCCGAUGCCCUGUCCAUUUCAUCCGGCGACGAAGUGGAGAACGUUCUUACCAUCAAAGUAAGCUCGAAUUCCGAGUCCUCAAGCUCGGAUACUGACUCCGAUUCCAAGCACAGCGCUGGCAGCUGUAUAACCCUAGAAGAAUCGGAAUCUGAUAACAAUAGUGAUAUAGAAAUAAUAGAGUGCCAUAAAGAGGCGAAAAGGUCAACUGAACCUGCGCCUCAACCUGAACCUGAAUCGAAAAACGAAAAGCAACAGGCGGAUGAAAGUGCCGACCUCACCACCGUGGACCUGACUGAAGAUUAAUUAGGAUUAAGUUUAGUUAGAAAACUUUAAUCGCCGUUGACCAACAUCACAGAGAAUUUAUAAACCAAGGAACACCAAAAAAUUAUAUUUUUCUGGUCUUGAAAGUGUUUUUGGUAGUUCUAGGUACUGAGACCUAACAUAAGAUGCUUAUCAGAAGUAUUUCAUUUAAUGUUGAAAAUUAAGCCUGGAGAUUAACAUUGGAAGUUGUAAUGAGUUAUUUUAUCAACAGCAGAUUAUGUUCUAGGAAUAUUAAUUGACUACACUUCUUAAUAUUAAAACUUGAAUGAAAUUAAAUUUAUAUUUUAUGAAUACCCACCGAAGUAGCCGAAGUUGCUUACGGUGUUAAUUUCCGCUAAAUUCGGUUUAUUAUUUUUAAAUUGUUCAAAAAACUUUAAAUAAAAACGCAUGUAUU